GACUUGAAUAGGCUGAUCACAACCGUUCCAUGAACUUAUCGUAUAGCACAUCGUCCAACCGCAACACAGAGUGGAAGUCAAACAUCACGUUAUGGCACUCAACAGACUGACUGGAGGCAUUGAAGGCCAGAGGCAUUACUCUUUCAACAUGUUGAGCAAGUUGAAACAAGACUUUGCCAAUCUUCCCUAUCAGACUUUCCGAGAUUAUUAUGAGAACCUUGAGGAUUAUGCGAAGCUCGCAGCAAAGGUCAAUCGAAGGGUGAAACGGCUUAUGAUACAGUGUGAAAGUCUCUACCAGAAGCCUCAAAUCUUCCCACCAACCGAAUCACGCGAUACGUUCUUUGAGAAUCUGGCACCCUUCCUUGAAAAAGCUGGUGUGAUCCUUGAGGUGAUAGAAAAGCUGGCACCGCUUGCGCAAGAACAUCGAGAGCUGAUAAAGCGAGGUCACACUGCUUACAUGAGACGGACUCGACCAACAUUCGUUUGGGGUAUCAAGCCCUGGAGUCAAUUCCUACGACCUGGUGCACCUGGCGCAUCUUUCGCUUUCGCAUCCAAUCUUCCCCAACAGCAAUUCAGCUUGCAGGUUCUGCCGCGCGGGGGCAUUUGUAUCUGGUCGACAUGGCUCGCUGAUGCGGAAUCGGAGCUGGAGAAGGAGGAGCUCAAUCGUACGGGCUAUCUGUCAGAUCACGAGGACUUGUGGCCUGAUGAAUAUUACUGUACGCAAGGAUAUGACGGACUCUACCGCAAACUUUCAAGGGAGGCCGAUCAAGAGGAGUCUCGUAUAAAGCACGUUGGGUACGACGACGAAGAGCCUUACUACUUCGGCCCCAGAUCUCUCGAGCAGUACAACCAAAUGCUCUCAAUUGCAGAUGGCGAGCACCAUCAUGAAUUCGAAACCGCAGACCUGGACCAAUUCGAAUACUACGAGAUCACCACUUAUAUUCCUUCGAAGGGAACUCACAAGGUCCGAGAACCAAGAAGGAUAUUCCCUAAGCUGCUCUAUACCAAGUUCGAACUAACAGAAAUCUCUUAUCCUGAGCUGAACCGAAUCGUAGGACGCAAAGCAAGUCAUGAGGAGGUUUACGGCUCAGUUCUAAGACGUCAAGAAUUCACGACUCGCGCCCCUGAACCUGAACUUGAACUUGUUGAUAAUAACAAGCGCCAAACCCGGAAUAGGUUUCCGAAAAGAGCUAGAAUUUUGAGUAGAAGUUACGCAAAGCAGGCAUUGGCAUUCUAUCAUCGUUAUAUCAAGGAUGCACCAAACUACAACCAGCGGGGUGGGGCUAUUCCUUUUGGUAGGAUUUUGAGUCGUCGUGUUAGCUUGAAGGUUUCAAAAGUCGAGCGAAUUAUGGAGUUGAAAGCCUUUGAUGAUGUUUGGUGGACUUUGCUUCACCAUAUGGAAUUCUUAGAGGGGGUCAACAGGAAUGACUUAGAUAAAAUAUUGGGCGAUAUCGGCGACCAUGUUUUGGCUGAGCUCGAUCUGGGAGGCCUAGAAGCGUUGUUGUGAGGAUUAAUCGGGUUAGCGUGUUCGGGAUAGGAAGUGAACAAGACAAUGCAAUCGCCGAAUCUACCA